UCGAACAGCCGGCAGUUGUCACAAUAUUUUGAUUUUUCAAAUUUUCCGAUAGCCCAAUACAAAUCCAAAAAUACCUACUGAACAGAAAAAUUAAAGAAUUCUAUAAUUGUCUGCACCCAGAAUGCUACGCCAAUUAAGGUUGACAAUGGAUAUUUCGGGUUGGAUCUUCCUCCCGUGGAGACGCUCCAUGUCCAACAUGAAGGACUCUCCUCCGCCGCCGCCACCUCUGGCCAGCACUUUCGACGACGUGAUUGUGGACUACGAGGACCCGGAUUAUCUCCCGCUGCCGGAGUAUCCGGUGCGUCCCAAUGAGCCGUUGGAAACUCGCAAGCAGCGGCUUCUGUACCAAUCGCGCAAGCGCGGAAUGCUGGAGAACGAUCUUCUGCUGAGCACCUUUGCGGCCAAGCAUCUCCAGAACUUCAGCGCCGAGCAGACGGCGCAGUACGACCAGCUGAUCAACGGGGUCAGCAACGACUGGGACAUCUAUUACUGGGCCACCGAGGUGAAGCCCACGCCCAAGGAGUACGACACGGAGAUAAUGGGGCUGUUGAAGGAGCACGUCAAGAACGCCGAACGGGUCACGCGACUCCGCCAGCCGGAUCUGAAUGUUUAGACAUGCACCUCGUGCUUAUGAAUAUGAUUAGUUACAAGUUAGUUAGAAUACAAAAUAUAAUGAAUCUUUAAAGUUA